GGGAAACAAUCCCCUCCUUUCCUUAGUCAGUCGCCUGUUUGUCUCUGUCAGGGACAGAGGACGAAGCCACAUAAACUUUGUAACUAACCAGUUUGCCAAGACAUAGAAUAAUGUACUAUAUUAAAAUAUCACAUUGUGCCUUAUAAAUACACACAACUAUUUGCAACAUAAUUAAAGGUAUUAAAAUGUUACAUAAGUACUGUCAGGAAAAAAAAGGAUGUAAUGAGAUUAUAAUUUUGUGAUGCUCCAUGUUUUGCCUUAUCCCCACAGUACUAUGCGCACAGACCAGCUUCACAGGCUUGCAGCCUACACAUUCACAUGGCCUUGCAAGUGGCUUUACCCUUGCAGUCACUGUCUUGAAAUUCUUCAUAAUUUUUAACAUGCAGUCCUGAAUUUUUCAUUUUGCACUAAAUCUCACACAUUCUGUGGCUGUAGCUGAUCCUGUAAGCACAUCAUACAUGCUGAGAAAAUGCUUCCUGAAUAAAUGGAGCAAAGAAGAGGGAAGAGAGUCAGGGAGAGAAGCAAAACAGAGAUGGAGGUAGCAAGGAGGAGGAGACUGCAAGGUCGCAGGAGAGGAGGAUGAAGUUACAAAGUUGAAAAGUCAAAUGGAGAGUGCCGGAAAUGCUGCUGCUGGGAAAGCAGGGCAGAUGAGUGAUAGUGGGAGUCUGUGUGGAAGUAAGCAUUGGACACCCAUUACCCAUCAUUUUCCUUCUCGAAGGAGUUUCAUUCAACUGCUAUUCCUAUGCACAAGCAAAAGUAGAAGCACUGAAAGGUGGCCAGAGGCCAGCAGAGGCUGGGAGGCCAACUGGACCAUUGCUUAAUUGUCCCAUCCCCUUAAUCCCAGCUAAGAGAGUCUCUUUAAUCUUGGGGAAAAGUAAAACCUUGGCUUGGAUCAGACACACACCUUUUGAAUUUUUUAAAUAUCAUUUAAUUGUUUAAAUAUCACUAAUUUAUUAUAAAGGCAUGGAAAGCAUUUACAUGAUACAAGACUAGAGAACUGCAGUGGAAUGGGCAGCUGGCUUCAUGUGCUGCCAUUUGAACAGUGAUGUUUUUCUACUGUUAUGGUUUGGAUGUGAGGUGUCCCUCAAAAGCUUCCAAGUGAGACAAUGCAAGAAGGUUCAGAGGAGAAAUAAUUGGGUUACGUGAGCCUUAACCUAAUCAGUGAAUUAAUCCUCUGAUAGAGACUAACAGUGGCAACUGAAGUGGUGGUUGUCGCUGGAGGAGGUAGGGAUUGGGACGUGGCUUUGGGGUAUAUAUUUUGUAUGUGGAGAGUGUAAUCUCUCUCUACUUCCUGAUCACCAUGUGAGCUGCUUCCUCCCACACUCUUUCACCAUGAUGUUCUUCCUCACCUCAAGCCCCGAGGAAUAGCACAGGACUUCUGUGGACUAAGACCUCUGAAACUGUGAGCCCCCAAAUAAACUUUUUGUCCUCUACAGUUGUUCUAGUUGGGUCUUUCAGUUGCAGCAACAAAAAAGCUAACUAAAACAUGUACUAUAUGUUUUAAAUAAAUGAAUAAAAUAUGUACUAUAAAUAAGAAAUUUUUAUUUAUUUCAGCUAGGUGCGGUAGCACAUGCCUGCAAUCCCAGGAGGCUGAGGUAGGAUGAUUGCAAGUUCAAGGCCAGUCUCAGCAACUUAGGGAGACAUUGUCUCAAAAUAAAAAAUAAAAAGGACCAGGGAUAUAGCUCAGUGGUAGAGUACUCCAGACUCAGUCCACAGUUCAAAAUCUAUAUUUUUAAAAAAAAUUUGAAUCUCAGUUUAAAUAAAUCACUAAUAUAUAAGUCUGUUUUUAAUCAUUAUUUGAUAUUUUCCUAGGUUACCACCUCUAAAGAAAUAAUCCUAACUCCUUUUUACAGCCAAGCCCAUGUUCAAGGGUGUGGCUGGCUUUAGCUUGUGCCAGACUGGAAAAGAUUUGAAUAGGGUGUGUGUCAAUUAAGGGGAAACCAAGGGAUCAGAAGAUCAUGACUCAUUAAAUCAGAGAGCAUCUGAAGAGAGGAUUGUGAAAUAAAGGAAUGUACUCAUAAUACAUCUGGGGAAAACCACCUGUGCAGUGGGCUGCAGCCUGUCGUGCAUAUUCCCCUGGCUGUAGGCACAUGCAUCCCUCCGUUACAUCACCAUGGCCGCUGCUAAGGAAGCAUGGCUGACUGUGGGGACAUUGGAAGAUAACCGGGACAGACAGGGCAUUCUGGGCAGGGCCAUGGUGCCAAGCCAAUUGUGGGGGAGACUGGAGAAACCACUUCUCUCCCUGAGUUGUGCCUCCCUACUCCUGGGGCUGGCUUUACUGAGCAUAUGGCCAGACAUCGCCCCUGUUGCUUAUUUUUUUCUCACCUUGGCUGGCUUCUUCUUGUUUGCCUCCCUCCUGGCCUGUUUUCUGGAACGGGGGCUCCGAUCAAUGCAGACAGAGAGCCCAGAGACCCCAAGCAAUGCACGGGACAAUGAAGCUUUUGAGGUGCCAACAUAUGAAGAGGCCAUGGUAGUGUUGGAAUCAGAGAGUCACCCCCAACAGCUGGAUCAACCACCCCCUUACAGCAGUGUUGUAAUCCCCCCAGAACUUGAUGGGGGACAACCUAGCCAAUCAGAAAGGCCCGUGACACAUAGACUGGAAAGACGAGUGGGCUCAGAGGGGGCUAUGACCCCAGGAGGAAGCCCUGGAAGAGUUCUGAUCAGCCUUCGGCUUCGGGGACCGCGGGUCAUAUCCACUGCUCCUGAUCUGCAGAGCUUGAGGGCAACCCCCAAAAGGGAGCCUCUUACUCCACCCCCUGCCUAUGAUGUCUGCUUUGCUCACCCUGAUGAUGAUAAUGUUUUCUAUGAAAACAACUGGACACUCCCCUAAGCAACUCUCUCAGGACUUAUGGCUCUACAUCAGACCCAUUCAUUCAUUUGACCAGCAUUUCCCAGCGCUCACCAUGUGUCAGGAACCGCAUUUCUGCCUGGACAUCAAAAAUGGGGACUUGAAUCCAGAGGGGAGUCAGGCUAUGGUAAGCCUUUCCCAGUGAAGAAAUGGGUAACAGAAUUUGAGUCUUCUGGCAACAUUUUAUGACAUGCCCUAUGCCCAGUAUUUCCAGAGUUAAAUUAGGGUGAGGUGGUGGGGUAAUCCAGAGAAGCUGAGGAAGGAAGUAAAGUAAUAUCUGAAUGACAGAUAUAUUUCCAUCUGUUCCAAAUGCCUUACCUCUGUUAGCUCUCUCAGGCUUUCAGCCUUAUUAAGUAUUAUUACCCUCAUUGAAAAAUGGGGUUUCAAGGGUCAGAGGAGUUAUAAAACAUGCACUAGGACAUACAGCUAGUAAAUAACAUAAAAAUAACUUGAAUGAACUCCUGAUUUCAAUGCAAGGCAAGGACUAGGAAGCCAGGCCUUCCACAUUUGUCUCAGUCCCUAUCAUGGAACAGUUGCUAUACAGAGGACUUCAUACAAACAGAAUGCAGGAUCCUUACAUCUAACAGGGUGGGCUGGGCAGGAUCAGGAGUGACCCAGCUUCCUACAGUAGUAAGGCUAAUCACAGCUCUGAUGGUCCCUGCUCCAUGUGGGAAGCAGUUACUGUGCCUCUCCCCUACCCAGGAGCUACAGUGCAAUCCCCACGCAGGGUCUUCAUCCUGUCUGAAAGCAGUGGAGUAAAUUGCCCCAGGUAGACUUCAAGUUUUGACAAUGGAUGAAGGUCAGAAAGGUUAACAACGUGUUUCUUGGCAACGGGUGAAGGGUAGUAUCCAAGGAGACUCCCUCCUGAAUAUCUAUCUUGGAGCGCGGGAUCACCUGCAGAGUGUCCCCAGCCCCUUCGGCUUCACUCUGACUGACUGCUGGGGUUCUACCCCAGCCCCGUGUCCUGCUUCUUCAGACCCCCAAUGUGCUGCGACUGGGAUGCUCCUCACUUCCCCCGCAAACCAACAUGCGUCGCGGGGGUCUUGUCUAGCGCCUUCUGGUGUUCGCCCUCUAAUCUGUGCAUGCCGCCCCUGGGGGUAACUCCAGUAAAGCGACAAGUCUCACUGC